CGGCAAACCAUGGCCGCUACUCUAUACAAGAGCCGAUAUAUUUCCCCGCGUAGGAUCCACCCGGAGAGACGACCCGGCAUAUAUGACAAAAGCUAUAUCUAACAAAAGCUACCGCGGGGACUCAGCUCGGCACUAAUACAUAACUCCCCUCGAGUUAGCUUCACUAAGGAACUACCACUGUUUACCAGCAGCGUAUUGAGAAUGACAUCCCAGGCAACGCAAGAUGCCCAGCAUGAAAGCUUCCGGCAGUAUCUUCCAGACCUGAACACUCCGCGGUUCCAGGCUAUCGCAGAGAACGACGCGUACGGCCAUGCGCGGGAAUUGCUGGAGCAUCACCGGCCGCCGUGGCUGUAUGGGCUUUACGUGCACUGGCGGAAGUUGUUCGAGGAGCCGUUCAAGGGUGUGACUAGCGACGGCACCGUCCAACCCAACCUCUUCCAGCUCCGCGACGAAGGCGUACCUAUCAACGCCAUAGCCGCCUCCGCCAACGCCGUAAUCUCGCAGUUGAGCCCCGAGCAGACCGCUCGCACGCUCCUGCACAUCGACUCGCCCGAGUGGCGAUCGUGGUCAAACCCCGAGUUCCUCGUCAGCGACAAGGGGAUCCGUCUCGACGAGAUCGCCCCCUCGCUGCGCGAGUCCGUCUUCGCUCUUCUAGAGACGACUCUCAGCCCCGAGGGCUACGAGAAGGCGCGCGCGGCCAUGCGCGUCAAUCAUUUCUUGGGAGAGCUGGUCAACGCGCCCAAAGUCAUGAACGAGCACAGCUACAACUUCGUGCUGUUCGGGGCGCCGGCGGCCGAUCAUCAUCAUCGUCCCUGGGGCUUCUCGUUCUACGGGCAUCACCUGUGCCUCAGCGUGUUUUUGUAUAAGACGCAGAUCGUCGUGUCCCCGUGGUUCACGGGCGCGGAGCCCAAUAUCGUCGACGACGGGCCGUUUAAAGGCACGCGCAUCUUGCACGAAGAGGAACGGCUGGGGCUGGAAUUAAUGCAGAGCCUGAGCGCGGAGGACAAGCGCCGGGCUACGGCGUACGAGCUCAUGAAGGAUCCCAAAAUGCCGCGCGGUCGCUGGAACCACGACGACCAGCGGCAUCUGUGCGGCGCGUACCGCGACAACCGCGUGGUGCCGUACGAGGGGGUAGUCGUCGGGACGCUGUCGCCCGCGCAGCAGGAGCUCGUGCGCGGCAUCCUGUUUCAGUACCUGCUGUACCUGCCGCCUCGAUCGCGCGAGCUGAAGAUGCGGGAUUGCGCGGAGCGCUUCGGCUCGACGUAUUUCUCGUGGAUCGGGGGGUGCGGCGACGCGGACCCGUUCUACUACCGCAUCCAGAGCCCGGUCGUGCUGGUCGAGUUCGAUCACCACUCGGGCGUGUUCCUGAGUAAUGCCGACCCGGCCAAGUUUCAUAUUCAUACUUUGCUGCGGACGCCGAAUGCGGGGGACUAUGGGUUUGCGCUGAGGAAUCAGAUUGGGUCGGCUGUGGAGCAGGAGUAUGUUUGGGAAGAAUAGUCCUGUUGUAUGUGUGACUUGGUGUCUAAGAGGUGGAGUUCAAUGUGGAAAAGGGGGGAAAGGGGGUUAGCUGGUUAGGUAUACUGAUGAAACUAUAGUAUAAAAGGCGUCGUAGUUAGUAC